GAACUCCCAACAGGACAACCAUGCAUCCAAGAAGCGCGCCCUUAGCGGGCAUUGACCCCUCCAGAAUCUCGAUUAUUCAGGAGAUUGCGCGCUCCGACGCGUCAUCGAUAUUUGAAGUAGACCUGGAGGGACAAACGUAUGCAUUGAAGCUUUUCCACGACAACGGCGACCCAGGGUACACAGAGAAAGGCCGUGAUCUAAACCGCUUCCGCUGCGAAAGCAACGCAUACAAGAAACUCCUCGCUUCCGGUGUGUGUGAGAGCAGCCUGGUUCCCAAAUGUUACGGCUUUAUCCACCGAGUGGAUCCGGCUGCAUUCCAUAAUCAUCAUCAUCCCGGACUCCAACAUUUCGCUCACGAUAAGUUCCACCCCAGCGCAAUACUGCUAGAAUAUCUCCCCAAUGCGGAGCCUUUAAACUGCGUGAAUUACAAUCAGGCGCUGUAUCCCCAGGCAAUCGAGGGGAUGGAGGCGAUUCAUAGCGCCGGGGUGUUGCAUUGGGAUAUUUAUCCGAGGAAUCUUUUGCUUGUGAGGGGGGGUGGAGGUGGAGGUGGAAGUGGGAAUGGAAGUGGGAAUGGAAGUGGGAAUGGAAACGAUAGGCUGGUCUGGAUGGACUUUGAUGUUGCGACUACUUUCUCUGAGCUCGGUCCGGAGGAGAGAGCGCGCUGUGAGCAUGAAAUUGCGCUGGUGAAGAGUUUCGGGGAUCUGUUGAGAGAAGACCAGGCCGAGGGACUGCCCCCGAAUACAAAGUUUUAUUGAUCGAGGGCUCCACAUGCUUCCAUCUAAUGAUUCUGGCAAUGGCUGAUGGCGUUUACGUGGUCUGGGAAUAGCGAUGGGUUGGGGGUCAUGCGGAGUCUCGAGAGCAAGGGUUUCACUUCUUCCUUCGAGAUAGAAUUAAUAAUGGAAUACCCGCAGUUCUUUUAUCCUCGAGAGUUGCUCUCGAGGCCAAUUGGAUCAUGUCUUAGGUACUACUACUUACUAUCCUCGUCUUCCAGAGAUUCUCGCCGUUGGGUGUCUACUGUUGUCUGUCACCUUUAUUGUGUACCCAGGACCAUCUUUCUUGUAUCGUUUUCCUACUAUACCGGCAUGUCUGGUGUUUCCUGUUCCAUUCCUAGACCUUUCAGAUAUUUGCCGCUCGGUUCAGUUGUUUCCGUUGUUGUUGUUUUUGUUAUUAUUAUCAAGAAAGGGCAUUCGGUGUCUGGUUUUCCUGAGAAGGUAAAUCGGCCAUCCACCAUCCUCUUAUUACAGAAAAUGG